AUGGUCACGACCUUGAUGUCCAGCACGUCGAACCAAGUCGAGUUUGAGCAACACGACCCCCACGACCAGUGUCAACGACAAGCGCACCCAUCCGCGGUUGGCUGCAUCGACUCCAGCAAAUGUGAUGUCCCCCCGCGGGAGCUGAUCCUUCAAGCGGCGCCGAGCGUGCUACUGAGCGCGGCAGGCGAUGUGCUGCCGCAAAGUGCCCCCGUCGCUGUGUGCGCUUCUCCCUGCUGCCGUCGCUUCUGCUUGCCGCUGACUGCCACCGCCGCUACCACUUCUGCCUACCACCGCCACCACUUCUGCCGGCCUAUGUCUGAUGCCGCCGCUCAUUCCGCCACCGCCACUGUCUUCCACCACCACGCUCUACCACCGCUUCUGUCUUCUACCGCUGUCUGCCGCCACCUCUUCUGUCUGCAGCCACCGCCGCUUCUGCCACCCCUUCUGUCUGCCAACUGCCUUCUGCCACCGCUUAUGUCACCGCCACCGUUUUCUGCAGCCGCUGUGUCCCGCCCUGUGGCUUUUUGCUGCCUCGAUCUGCCGGUCUGCGCCCGUUGA